UUCAUUCGUUCAUUUCAUUUCACGGCAAAAAUAUUACGCUUUUGUGAUUUGUCAGUUUUUGUUGAUUUUAUUGAAAUUAUAAACAAAUAAAUACGGCUUGAGAAGCUCCGACGAAGCCUUUUAGUUUAUUUACCAUUUAUAUUUACAUUUUCCAAAAUGGGUCCCAAAGAGCCUCAGGUCUCGAUUUUGAGUAGAACUUCAGAUGCAAGACUCAAUGUCGACUCCCAGCAUGUCAGAGGAGCAGGCGUGCCUCGUCCGGCCGCGGUCUGACUCGGACAACUCGUCUAAACUCGGCAGCUUCGGCUCCAUAGCCCGCACCAUGGCUUAUACUGAAGCCAUCGACGGUGCCGGAGAGCCAGGCAACCCCAUCAACGCUGCCAACCCGGUAGCUGAGCUGAACAUGGACACCAACGACAGCGGGGAGCUCAUUGACUAUGAUGAUGCCAACGCACUGGACCUGUUCCAUGAGGAUGCUAUGAGACAGGCAGGCUUCGGCCUCUACCAGCUCCGAGUGUUCCUGGCCGGAGGGCUCGGGGUCAUGAGUUGCGCUCUGGAGCUGGCAGCCAUCCCGCUGAUCCUGCCCCAAGCGGAGCAGGAGCUGUGCAUACUGCCGCACGAGAAGACGUGGCUCAUGACAAUAAGCAUGCUAGGCGUGUGCGGCGGCGCGUGGGCGUGGGGCGGCGUGGCGGCGCUGGCGGGGCGGCGGCGCGCGCUGCUGUCCGCGCUGGCCGUGCACGCCACCUUCGCCGCCGUGGCCGCCUUCACCCCCACUUACCCCACCAAUAUGAUGGCACGAUUCUGCUCAGCAAUCGGCUCCGGCGGCGUCUUACCCGCCGCCUACACCUACGUAGCGGAGUCCUGCCCGGCGGCGCGGCGCGGCCUGCUGCUGCCGCCGCUGCUGCUGCUGGCCGGCGCCGGCGGGCUGUACGCCAGCGCGGCUGCUGCGGCGCUGGUGCAUCCGCAGCCGGCCCCGUCGACUACUGCGCAUUUCAGCGCGUGGCAUAAAUACCUCCUCCUAUGCACUCUACCAUCACUAUCUGCUCUCGUCUGCCUGAUCUGGACGCACGAGUCGCCAGCCUAUCUGCUGUCAGCCGGCAUGCAGCACGCCGCCUGCAACGUCUACCAGAGCAUCCACAAGAGCAACCAGCGCUGCCGCUGCGGCGCCGCGGCCGCCGCCGAGUUCCGCCGCGAGCUCGCGCUGCCCGCCAAGCCGCCCGCCCCGCCCCGCGCCGCCGCCCUGCUCUACAAAUCCUACAUGUCGAUAUUCUCGCCGGCACACAGAAGAACGACCUUCACUCUAGGAGGACUGUUAGCGCUAACCCUAUCUCUACAGUUCUACCUAUCAGCUUACGUGCCAACCACGAUACAAGACAUAGAAAACGAAGAGUUCCUGCUAUCAACCAGACACAUAGACAACGAGACCUUCUUAAAUCAGCUGUAUAAUAAGACCAUAGAGAAUAUAGAGUAUUCGAAUUCCACGUUCAUAAAUUGCACGUUUCGAGACAUGUUUUUGUCGCAUGUGACGUUCAGUAACUGUUCGUUUCAAGAUGUGGUGUUUUCGAAUAUCAAGACGGUUUAUUCGGUGUUUGUGGAUUCGGAGUUUGUUAAUUCGAGCCUAAUCGACACAGACAUAACCCCGACCAGCGGCCUCAUAGACUGCACACUCACCGGCACGGUCAUCCGGGGCGUGUCCCCCCGCUGCGGGCGCGGGGGCGCGGCGCGGGGGGCGGGGGGCGCGCGGGGGGACGCCACCCCGCACGCCACGCUGGCCGCCGCUGUGCUGCAGCUGUUGUUGCCGAAGAUACCUACUGUAUGGCUAAGCGGCUGCAUGGUCCUCCUCUCGGGCGGCAUGUGGCUGCACUCGGCCGAGGGGCUGGUCAUCAUGGAGGCUCUGUACCGCUUCUUCAUCACCAUCAUCAGCUUCAGGGUCUACGUGGCGGCAGUGACUGCUUAUCCGCCCGGGAUACGAUGCACCGCGUUCGGAGUAAUAUCCUCCUUCGCCAUGGCCACAGCAUUACUAGGACGGGAAGCGGGCUCGCGCGGCGGCGGCGCGGCGCUCGCGAGCAUUGUCGCCGCCGCUCUUUCGGCUGCCGCCACGCUGCUGCCCAGGCUUGCUCCGGGAAUUGUAUAGGAGAGGUGAUACAGAA